AUGGAUGGUAUCGCCACCGAUACCUCCACUCUCUUUUCAUCCACCAGCGCCCCAGAACCAACUCCUAGUUUAUCUUUAGGUUAUGUAGAUGUGGAAAUUUCAAACACCUUUGGUACAGGUGAUGAUGAUGGUGAAAUUAAUGCUGAUAAACUCCAUACUUUGUCAUUGGAAAGGGUUUGUGAAUAUUUUAAAAACUCACCAGAAAAAGGUUUAUCAUCAUCAGAAGCUACCUCAAGAAUGAAGCUACAUGGCCCAAAUGUUUUAGAUCCACCAAAAACCAACUACUUUAAAAAACUAUUCUUUUAUGUAUUUGGUUCUUUUAAUUGUGUACUUUGGUGUGGUGUAAUUGUAUUCUUUAUUUGUUGGAGACCUCCCCUUUCGAAUCCACCAAAUCCAACCAAUUUAGCUUUAGCUAUUUUAAUUUUACUUGUAAUCCUUAUUCAAAUCUUUUUUUCAAUUUUUCAAGAUUGGUCAACAAGUAAGGUUAUGAACUCCAUUUUAGGUAUGUUACCAUCCGAGUGUUUAGUUGUCAGAGAUGGUUUUGUCAAAAUGAUUCCAUCGAAAUAUUUAGUUCCAGGUGAUAUUGUCCAUUUAAAACUUGGUAAUAAAGUUCCAGCUGAUCUUAUGAUUUUACAAUCAAACGAUCUUAAAGUUGAUAAUUCUGUUAUUACUGGUGAAAGUGAACCCGUUUCAAUUGGUACCAAAUGUACAGAUUAUUCAAUGGUAGAGUCUAAAAAUGUUUGCUUUAUGGGUACUCAUGUUAUUAAUGGCUGUGGUAUGGGCAUUGUAUUAAAACAUGGUAAUAAUACUGUUAUGGGUAAAAUCUCAACACUUACCAACUCAAAUAGUGAUAAAGAACCUUUAAUUCAAAAAGAAAUUAAUCGUUUCAUUUUAAUUAUUGUUCUUUUAACUAUUUUUUUAGCAUCUAUUUUGGUUAUUGAAUGGGCUGCAUGGUUAAGAACCUCAUAUCCAGAUUUUAUGAAUGUUGCUGGUAUGCUAAGUAAUGCAAUGAGUUGCAUUGUAGCAUUUAUUCCAGAAGGUAUGCCAAUUAGUGUUGCUCUUACUUUAUUAGUCAUCGCUAAAAGAAUGAAAUCCAACAAUAUUCUACCAAAAUCACUCAAAGUUGUUGAAAGUCUUGGUGUUGUUAAUCUCAUUUUAUCCGAUAAAACUGGAACCCUUACACAAAAUAAAAUGUCUGUUACCACCGUUGCUUUUGUUGACUCCAUUUUAACUCCAGAUCAAUGUUGCUCAAGUCUUGCUGCGGAUGAUACCUCGCCAUCUAGCUCUCCACCACCAGAAGAUCCAAAACAAGAAAGACAAGUCAAUGGUGAUGCAACCGAUAUUUCCAUUUUUAAAUUUGGCCAAAAAUUAGUCAAUGCUCUUACAUUUGAUAUUCGUACUCCAUAUGUAAGAAUCUUUGAUUUACCAUUCAACAGCAAAAACAAGUACAUGUUAACUAUACACGAUGUCGCAAACAUUGAAUCACAAAAAAAGAACAUUUUUGGUAAAUCAAUUGACUCACUUAUAUUACAUAUCAAAGGUGCUCCAGAUGUUAUUUUGCCAAUGUGUUCAAAAGUCCUCUCAUCUGCUACCAACACAGAGUUGGAUAUAAACGAAACCAAUCUUAGAGCUAUUAAAGAAAUUCAACAAUCUUUAGCUUCAAAUGGUCAACGUGUUAUACUCUUGGCUCGUAAAUUCUAUACACCCUAUUCCGAUGAUGUCAAUAGUGAUGAAUAUCAAAAAGAAAUUGAAACCAAGGGUCUAUCUGGUCUUACUAUUAUUGGCUUGCUUGGUAUUAUGGAUCCACCACGUGAUGAUAUCUUGGAAACUGUUUCACAAUGCCGUGUUAGUGGUGCAAGAUUUUUUAUGGUCACUGGUGAUUUUAGUUUAACUGCCGCCUCUAUUGCUCAUCAAGUUGGUAUCUUUACUCUAGAUAAAUCAAUCUCACCAGAUAAUGUAAACGAUAUUCUAUUAAAAGGCUAUCGUGACGAUAGUUACUUUGAAAUCGCUAAAGAGUCAAAUAGAGUAACUAGUUUGGUUUUAAGUGGUCCAGAUCUUCAAAAAUUAGAUGUUUCAAAUUGGGAUACAAUCAAUAAAUAUCAAGAGGUUGUUUUUGCUCGUACUACUCCAGAACAAAAACUUUUAAUUGUUAAAGAGUUCCAAAAAAGAGAUAAUCUUGUCGCUGUUACUGGUGAUGGUGUUAAUGAUUGCCCAGCUUUAAAGGCCGCUGAUGUUGGUAUUGCUGUCGUAUCUGAAAAUGGUAGUGAUGUUGCAAUUGAAGCUGCAGAUCUAGUUUUACUUGGUUCAUUCAGUUCAAUUGUAGAUGCAAUUCGUUUAGGUAGAUUGGUUUUCCAAAAUCUUCAAAAAGUAAUUGGAUAUCUUCUUCCAUGUGGUUCAUUCUCUGAAAUUACACCAGUCAUUGUUAACUCUUUCUUUGGUACUCCAUCACCAUUAUCAUCGUUCUUGAUGAUUAUCAUCUGUUGCUUCACCGAUCUCUUUUUAAGCUUGCCAUUAAUCAUGGAGAAAGAAGAAACUGAUCUUUUAAAACUCAAACCACGUAAUGCUAAAAAGGACCAUCUUAUCACAAUGAAAAUAUAUAUUCAGUCUUAUCUUUUUAUGGGUGUCCUUCAAUCUGUAAUUUCAAUUGGUAUGUUCUUUUGCUAUCUCUAUGAAUACACUGGUUUACAUUUCACAGAUCUGGUAUUUAGUUUUGGUAAUAUAGAUUUCACAAAAGCUCAUGUAUCAUCGGAUGAUUUCUUCAAAGUUUAUGUUCCAAUCGGUAAUAGUGUUGUAUUUGUUACAUUGGUAUUCCUUCAAUGGGGUAACCUUUUAGCCAUUAGAAACAGAAGAAAGUCGUUGUUAGCCGAUCCAAUUCGUAAGAAAAGACGUAAUCCAUACAUAUUUCUUUCAUUUGUUGCCUCGAUUGCUGUAAUCUUAAUUGUUACCGAAGUAGAAUGGAUCCAAACACUAUUUGGUACCGGCUCAGUUCCCGCUAAAUAUUGGUUCUUACCAUUCCCAUUUGCUGUUAUAAUCUUUUUAUUGGACGAAAUUAGAAAAUUUUUUGUUCGAAAUUUUAAGAAUUCACCAAUUGCUAAAAUUGCAUGGUGA